AGCACCGUGUUGUGUUUCUGGUACCAAGUUACCUGUUGGUUCAGUGUUGUGGAAGUGUUUAUCAAAAACGUUAGGGCGUCGUCGCGCUUUAGGCUCUGUACCAACUCCUGUCACAAUGGGACUGUUCGGGAAAACAUCAGAGAAGCCACCGAAGGACCUGAUCAAUGAGUGGUCCUUGAAACUCCGUAAAGAGAUGCGCGUCAUCGACAGACAGAUCCGAGAUAUCCAGCGUGAGCAAGACAAGGUGAAGCGCUCCAUAAAGGAUGCGGCUAAGAAGGGCCAGAAGGACGUGUGUGUGGUGCUGGCCAAGGAGGUGGUGCAGUCCAAAAAGGCCAUCAACAAACUCUACGCCUCUAAAGCACAGAUGAACUCAAUACUGCUCUCCAUGAAGAACCAACUGGCUCUGAUACGUGUGUCAGGUGCGCUCCAGAAGAGUACAGAGGUGAUGAAGGCGAUGCAGAGUCUUGUGAAGAUUCCGGAAAUCCAAGCGACCAUGAGGGAACUCAGCAAGGAGAUGUGCAAGGCUGGUAUUAUAGAGGAGAUGAUGGAGGACGUGUUCGAGGGGAUGGAGGAUGAGGACGAAAUGGAGGAAGAAGCGGAGGCAGAAGUCGACAAGAUCCUCUUCGAGAUCACCGCAGGUGCGCUGGGUAAGGCUCCUAGUAAGGUGACCGAUGCACUACCCGAGCCGGAGCCCCAGGGGGCAGCAGCAGCCUCAGAGGAGGAGGAAGAAGAGGAAGACAUCGAGGAAAUGCAGUCAAGACUUGCUGCACUCAGGAGCUAAACACACACACACACAAACAUGAAUACAUACACACACACUCACACACACUUAUGUACACACAUAAAGGAGAUGCAAUCAAGACUCGCUGCUCUCAGAAGUUAAACAAACACAC